GUCAACAGGUGCGUAGGAGCACGUCGUCUCCUCUUUUCCUUUUCCCUGCCGUCGCUUUCGUGCUUCUCUUUCUCUUCAUCUCCGAGCCUUUUUUUGCGAAGGGACUCUCCGGUGACCACAACAUUUACCAAAGGGACAGGAUCGUUCGAUUUUCGCGGAUCAUGCAGUCCUGAGAGGAAGAAAAAUACAAAGAAGAAGAAGAAGCUUCUCCGGACACAUUUCUUCCUCCCUUUUAUUUUUCUUUGAAGACUGCUGUAAAGAAGAUUUAGGAAAUAUGACGAAAACGGCUAUGACGACAAGAAGACUUCAGACUGUCUUGCUGCUGCUUCUCGCGACCUUAGCAUUAGGCGCGUGCGACGGUGAGUUGCCGAAGCCGAGCUAUGCCCGGACGAUGCUGAAAAUCUCUCGAAGCCUCCCAGGCGAGACAGAGGAGCUGAAAGUACGCACGAGCGAAGGCAACCUAGCCACUCUGAUCGUCAAGCGACGAGACAAAUCGUCGUCAAUCAGUUUCGACAAUUCGAAACCAAAGCUUCCUCAAGAAGAGUCCAGCAUUACUGUAGAAAAGAAAAACGAUUCUUGGGAUGGAACCGAUGUUAAGAAGAAGAACGAAGUCAGGAGACUCGAGAAAGCUCAAGUGGAACAGAUCAGGGCGACGUUCUCCAAAUCCUUCGAAACUAAUAACGACAAUAUCGAGAGGAAUCAAUCGGCCAGCUUGAUUGAUUACGGCAAUUGGACGCCGCUGGACGUGGAUGGCAGAGCUCUGAAGCAGGAACAGUCGACAGAGGUGAAGGAGGAGAAGGAGGAGGAGCAGAAGGAGGUGGAGGAGUAUCGAAAUUGGAAACCACUGCAGACGAGCCUGAAUACCGCAGGCGAGGAGAGGACGAGUUACGACAGAUUCAAGGAGGCUGGAUUCGGCGGUGGAAUUCUGCUUAUUCGGCACUUUCAGGAUCGCAGCCAGAGGAAUCUUGAGUUGGAAAAUCGUGGCGACAAGGACGAGCGGGCCCUUUAUUACACGUACCUACCGCGUCAGUCCUGGCCAUUGACGAGGACGAACAUCGGCGCAAACUUGUCUAAAAACCGAGACGGCAAAGACGUACCGCCGGAGGUGAUCGUCAGAUCGGAGAUUAAUGUGAAGGCGGUGCCGAAGAGAUCUCCCAUGUCGUUAGACAGCGACGGUACACUGGUGGUUCACGGCACGAGGGUACCCGAUGAGCCCAUAGACAAGAUACAAACCUGGCGGAACGCUCGGGUUAUCAACAACAAGCUGAUAGCCGAGAGCAGCCCAAGUACCGAGUCCACCGUCGGGAUACCGUAUUCCAACGACAGCGCGGACAAGAAACUGAAAUUCGAGAAAUUCUUCAAGGAUAUCAAUCGAAGGUAUGGCCGCAACUACGACGAGGAGGGUCGCAACGUGUACUUCGAGUGGGAUCCGCGGAAUUACAAGAACGAAGCUCUGAAGGCAGAGGUGUACGAGGCGCGUAACGAGCAGUACCGUGCGAGCGUUCACAAGCGGAUGCUGCAUCCAGAGAGCGUUGUGAACUACCCGAUCUCCCAGCGUUAUACUUCCAAUAGCCAAAUGAUCGCGCCAGUGGCAUUGAAAUCGAGCGCACGAGCACCAGUUCUCCAGUACGCCCACCCCGAGUUGGGCGUGCAGCCUGCCAAGAUCCUGAAGAACGAGAAACGUCGGCCGGAUAACUUCCCGGAGAAUCAACAUUCUUUCACCGAGCAGCGUCACAAGAAGAAAUAUGUGCUCAACGACAAGAACAUCGUUGACAGCUACACCACGAAGAACUACUACCCUAACCAACACUUCUAUGGGUUGAAACGACCGAACGAGCCACCUUUCUGGGUGAAGAUCUCCGAGAACCUGAAGAACCAAUUCUCCACCGGCGUUGAGCGGGUCUCACAGUUCACCAGACCGGUAAUCGACCCGUUGGUGGAGGCCACCCAUAAGAUCUCGCAGAAUCUCGGCCUGUCGAAAGAGGCGCAAAACAAGAUCGGCACGGUGAGCCCCGGCACCAGCAUUCUGAUACCGGCUCUGGGACUCGUUGCGUCAGGCGCCGCACUCGGCAUAGGCGCGGUGGCGGUCGGUCGUUACCUCGACGUGGACGUUCUGAAACGCUCGGAUGACUCGAUCGAGCACAAGCGAGCCUUCGGGCUCGAGGAGAACGUAGCCACGCCGCAGACUCUGUAUCUUCUACGGAACGUCCCAACGUCGCAUGACGACGACAAAACUGAGGACGAAGUUGCAAACGACGGAGUAUUCUUGGUUCUCGAGGAGGACAAGCAAAACUCCGAGAGAGUGGAGAAUCGUGAGAGCAGGCAGCUGGUGGACGAGAAGCACUAUGUGGAGACUAGCGGACGUAGGAGGAGGAGCCUCGACUACCUGGACAUCUUUAGGGCGGAGAGCGACUUGAGGAACCUCGUACGCAGCAAGCGUUUUCAGCGCAAAGGCGCCGACUCCAUCAGCGAGAUUGUGGAAAUCGAUUUGCCUGGACGCGCCGAUAUCAGCGAGUUUUUGCUGUCGAGGAAGAUUAAGGAGCGGGGUGCGAACACCAUUCUAGUCGUGGAAGACGACGGCUCGAUCCCGUCGGAAAACCUGGAUCAACAGAACGCGUUGGAGAACACCGUGAGAGUCGCCGCAGCUGAUAACUCGCGAGACGCGACAUCACCCUCGUUGACGCAAGACGAUAGAGAACAUCAAUUAGGCAGACAACAGGUUAGCGAUGCUCUCUCGAUGUUGGGAAACGCGACUCUCGGGCGGCGUGAUUUCGCGCAGGGUACAGCCAUCAGCGAAGAGGUUGCUCAGGACGGUACGGACAACAGGCGACGAAAGCGAAGUGUCGACCAGGAACUGGAGGACGCGCUGCAGAAUCUGGAGAACGCGGAAGUAGCCGAGGUCGCUCAUGUGCAAGGCGACUGGACCAAUACACCCUGCGCUAAAAGGAUAUUCUGCGACACGAUGAUAGAAAGAGGCCCCGACGCCGCGGUGCUCAUGGAGAAAAAAAUGGAGGCGUUGCUGAGACUAAUCCAGCCUGGAGCAGUUGUUCACGUGUCCGGCCAUUUCGAGGAGGUCAUGCACGCCGUGAGGAGACACGACUGCUCUAGCUUCUUGUGCCCGCAGGCGCGACCGGGGAACGUCUUCUUCUAGACGCGGCGGCCAAGUUUUCAAAUUAAGUGAAGGAUAUCCGGUUUAAACGGGCUUAUGAAAGAGCACGAAGAGUAGCGCGUAAUGUUUACUGAGAGAAAAAAUAUCGAAAAAAAUAUUUAUUUAUUGGUUGCUAGUAAUAAUAUA